CAGGUGGACAUGGCCUGCAGGGGCCACACUCGACCCAAGGGCCUGACCUGGGCCCUAGGACUGACCCUGGCUUGGAUCCUGCUGGGAGCCUGUGGAGGAAGCCGCCCACUCCCAGCUAUGUCCCGGAGACACCACAGGCUGGCAGCCGAUCUUGGCACAAGCCAGCUGCACCUUGCAGGUGAGCACUCCAGACCCUGCCUAACGUCAGAGAUGGACACACCAGAGGCAUUGGACCCUGGGAUGGCCCCAGAACGCUGUGGGGACCCGAGCCCCGGGUGCGAAUCCUUUCUGGGACACCUCCAAGUUGCCCUCCACAGUCGCUUCCGCCUGCUGUUACUGGGGAUACGCCAGGCCCAGCCGCUCUGUUCCGAGCUCUGCGAUGUCUGGUUUGCCACAUGUGAAAGCGAUAUUACCUGCGGCCCGACUUGGCUCACAAUCCUAGAAAAGAGGGGCUGUGAGCCUGGCUGCCCUACCUAUGAGCAGACCUUCGCUGACGGGGCGGAACUUUGCCGCUCGGUUCUGGGCUACGCGAUGCCGGUGGCAGCUCCUGGCGCCGGUCACUGCCUCAACAUUUCCACCUUGGUACUGCCGGGUUCCAGACGGGAAGGGAAGGCCCGAGAAAUCACCUUCCUGCGUGCCCGCCGCUCACGCACCUGGAUGCUGGAUGCCGCAGGCAGCGGGAGUGGCAGUGGAAGCGGCAGCGGCCCCUAGGGGGCGCCGGGCCUUGGAUGGGAGAUGGGAGUCCCUUCCCCCGACCCGGCCCCUCAAGAUACCAAAAGCUCCACCUCUCUCCCGCUCUGCCUUCUAGUUUCCAGAGCCCUGUCUCUCCUUCCUGGAGUCCCAGAGACUCGCCCUUCUCCAGGUGACUAGACAAAGAAUCCAACUCUAGCUCAUCUUCCCCUCUCCUCCCUGAAUAAAGUCUCCAACUAGA